GAGUCCAAGUGGAGAAGGCAGAAGAAGAGACGCAUUAUUGCAGUAGCCUACAGUGCCAUAACACUUCACACGGACGAAACUCCUGCACUUCUCAAAAAACGCACGUCCAGUCCGCCCAGAGAGGCAGACAGAGAGAGAGAGAGAGAGAGAGAGAGGAGGGGGUGAAAGAAAUCAACUGAAUUUCCAUGACUGGACUUUUUUCUUUAAUUUUGAAAUUGCACGCAUUUGCCAGCGGCUUUUAGAAGAGGCAAGUCAAGCUCCAGCCAAUCAGUGCUGCGUCUCAGCAUCCAGGAGCAGCUCUAUAAGGACUCAGCAUCACUUGGAGGAGCUGGACGCAGCGCUGCAGGAAUCUAAACGUCCCCGGAUUUCUCUUGCAUGGAUUAUAAUUCAGAAGUACUUUUCUCUUGAGCUCGCAUUGCUCUCUUCUUCACUCCCCAGCCGAGUCACACAGUGAAUUAUCAGCAGACCCGUCUACGUGUGUCAGUAUUGCGGUACUUUGCAGGCGACUUGCGGUAUAAAUAAAUCGCUAGAAGAUCGGCUCCACUGCGCCAAGACCCUCCGCCUGUUUACAGUCAGCGAGGCACUUUAACUCACUUUGCUCAUUGAAAAUUUGGACUUUCGUUUGGACCAUUGCCUAGAAAUUCACGUCCCCCUUUUCUGUGAUCUUUUUGGUGUUUUUUUUUUUUCUCUCGUGUUGUACUUCAACCCCCCCCCCCCCUCUCCUGCUUCACAGCCCGUCACCCCCCUUCCGCUGCCCGUGAGUCAGUUCAAACAGCUGCAUAGAAGAUGUCUGCCCCAGAUGCCGCCGCCCCAGCUGGAGCCCCCGGUGCUCCAGGAGCCCCCGGUGCAGAUGGAGCCCCAGGUGGCGGACCUCCAGCCCCACCCAACACCAGCAGCAACCGCAGGCUACAGCAGACACAGGCCCAAGUCGAGGAGGUGGUGGAUAUCAUGCGGGUGAAUGUGGACAAGGUUUUGGAAAGGGACCAGAAGCUCUCAGAGCUGGAUGACAGAGCAGACGCUCUCCAGGCCGGAGCCUCCCAGUUUGAAAGCUGCGCAGCCAAGCUAAAGAACAAGUACUGGUGGAAGAACUGCAAGAUGAUGAUCAUGAUGGGAAUCAUUGGAGUCAUUGUGGUUGGAAUAAUAUUCUUGUACUUCUUCUACUGAGCGCAGCCCAUCAAUACAGAUGGAUACGGACUUGAGAAUGACAUGAGAGGGAAGAGAAAAAAAUAAAAAAUAAAACAAGCGCCACUACUCCCCCCUCUCCUCCCUCUCUUCACAGUCUUCCAUCAAACCAUCUUGCACUUACACAUGACAGUAGUGUUUUAUAGGUGUCUCUGCUUUCUUUGUCCCCCCUUUCCCUCCCUUCUUAUUGCUUUCUUCCACUGUUUUGGCGAGAAGUCUCACUCACUCUCUCCUGUGUCUGCACCUCAUGCAUUAUUGAAGGUCGCGGCAGGCAGAGUGAAAGAGGAAGAAAGAACGGGAAGGAGGGAGAGAGAAAAUCCUUGUGACACGGGAACACACAGGGCUAAGCCUACUGAAUGGGGCUAUGGGGGGUGGGGGGGACGGACGUACAAUGUACAGAUGCUGAACGUGUGCAGGGAGAUUGAACAACAGUUUGCAGUCCUGUCUACCCCUGAUACACCAAAGCUUGUUCAUGUUACCUUUUUUGAGAGUCCUACAUUUGUAAAUUGAUACUGACAUACCGAACUAACACACUCCUUCUGUCACCACUGCUACCAUCAUUGCUGCUUACUAACACAAGGUCAUGUUAGAUUAAGAUUAUGAUCAUUUUUGUUGUACGUGCGUGUGUGUAUUUGUGAUCCAAAGCAUUGUAGAGAAUAGCUUUUUCCAAGUCUUAGCUGAUAGGCUUUUAUUAGUAACUUUUUCUUUUCCCUUCCUGCCUAACUUUAUUUCUGCGAUGUUCAGUGAUGACAUGGAAAGAGAAAUGUGGAAUAGGGAAAGAGACUGUGUGAGAACUUGUGUAAAGCAAGAAGUGAUUCAGGGAGAGGUAGUAAGAGCAUAGCAGCAUUUUUUCUGUAUAAAUAAAUGACAAUUCUGAACUGAUAAGCAAUUAUUGAUAAAGUAGUUCUAUAACUAUUCUUCAUUUGUAAUGGAGUUCUUGUACCACAUGUGGUGGCAUAGUCAUAGUUUUAUGCUUAGUGGCAUAGUAAUAUGCACAGCAAGGCAAACAGACAAGCAGCCACUAACAGACAAUCUACUGUAGAUGUGAAACGACCGCUCCGACCCAGAGGAAGGUUUCUCAACUCUGACUUGGACGGAGUCGCAGCAAUAGACAGAUGAAUGUGUAGCGUCACAUUUCAAACAGGUACAAACGUCCGCUUGUUUUGAGAGUUGUCCUGACAAAGUGUUGGUUCGAUUGCUGUUUAAGUUGACCUGAUCUCUAGAAAAGCAGGAAAAUGGGAGAAAAGACUUGAUUUGGAAACCCAGAGCCACCUGGCCCCCCCGCCCCGCCCCCACUCACUCACAUGAAAACAGACUCAACCUUCACCUGCAGUAAAGGUAACGGCCAAAAUGAGGUGUUUGUUUCUAACUUGCAUGGCAAACGGUGUCCAUAGUUUUGCCUAUUUGUGUGACCUGUGUAUCUGCCAUUUCUGAAUCUAACUGCCGAUUGUACAUUUUCUUUUGUUAGUGGUUUUAAGGACCUAUGUAUAUUGUCUUUCUGAUCUGAUAACUACUGCUUAUGCAAUGCAAUGAUGCUCAAGAGUUUGCCAAAAUUUUAAAUUAAUUUGCUUUGGAGAGAAAAAAUAAUAUUCAGAAACUGCAUACAACUGUUAAAAACAUGUAGUAUUGUAUGAGUAGAACCAUAGUACACGUCUGUCAGACUAUGCUCCUGAAAAUGUGUUUAUAAAUUCUUUCAGGUUUUGUGGGGGUUGCUGGAUAUAAAAGAAAAGCUCAGUUUUUCCUCUUUGGACUGAUUUGGAGAGCUGAUCAAAUUGUGACAAUGCAAACAACCUUACGUGCAAAGUGCAUUGUUGCAUAAUUGUAGCGGUUAGCCAGAAUUAUCUGAUGAUAUAUUGUGCAACAAUAUUAUUAGGUAAUUACCACAUGAGGUAUGACAAUGUGUAAUUUCCAACCUGAAAAUGCAGUAAGAGAUCCAAAUGGAUUUGUGCAUGCUUACCACUUUUGCUGAUGCCAAUAAAUAAAUCAUCAAUAGAA